AUGUUCGCUCUAAUCACCGGCUGCAGCAGCGGAAUUGGGAAGGACCUCGCAAUUGCUUUUGCAGCCAAAGGCGUCACCGUGCUUGCUACUGCACGACGUACCGAAUCUCUCAGCGACUUAACGAGCCAAUAUGACAACAUUGAAGCUCUUUCCCUUGAGCUCGGCAACCCAGGCAGCAUUGAAAAGUUAAGGGACGCCGUAUUGAAGCGCACAGACGGUCGUCUCGAUUUCUUGGUCAACAAUGCCGGAACGCACUACGCAUCGACCGCGGUGGAUCUGGAGAUUGAAGAAGUCGCGAAGCUCUUCGAAGUUAACGUCUUUGCUGUCAUGCGCCUGUGUCAGAUCUUCGUGCCACUCCUUCGCCGCGCACCUCGUGCGCGAAUCGUGCAAAUUGGUAGUGUGACUCGGAGCGUACCGGUUGUUUGGCAAGCGCCGUAUAAUGCAUCGAAGGCGGCUCUUAGUCAGUAUUCCAAGACUCUUCGACUGGAGCUGAAGCCUCUUGGAAUUGAGGUGAUUGAGAUAGUGACCGGGUUCGUGCAAAGCAACAUCCUCCAUCAUGGACUACAUGCUCCAGAGGAUUCAAUCUACCUUCCAAUCAAAAGCACAAUAGAGGUUAUCAAGUACCGAGGGAACAAAAAUGGCAUGUCUCCACAGGCGUAUGCUACCUCUGUGGUCACACAGCUCAUGCAGCCACGGGUGAGCCCUGAAAUCUGGGAAGGCGCUUUGGCGAAAUGGCUUCGUUUGCUCGUUACGUUCCUUCCGUUGCAGCUAUUCAACUGGAUUCUCUUCCGACGCUUCAAGCUUGACCUGGUAAAAGCUCGAUUAGACAAAGAUAAGCAUUUCGGGCAGGUUGUCCGUAUGCACUUAGUUCGCUCAUCACAGGCCACUGUUGAGCAGCUACUAGCUACCAUUCGUAUCGCUCUGCCUCCGGGUUGGCUCAAUACCCGACGUAAUGCAUUUGCCAACGAGUCACAUAACGACUACCAUGUGCGCAUGCUGACAGUGCUUCAUCUCCGCAUGGCGCAGUUACUCCUCGCAAUUAUCUGCAAAAGACACGAUGACUACGGACUUCAACAGCACGACCGCAAACGAGCCUAG